UCGGCCUGGGCCAGGAAAGGUGCAGGACCCGAGUCGUUUGUCUCGGGCAGGGAAUGAAUGGGCGUUGCGAGCCCCGGGUGAGGUGGUACGCGCUGCCUCUAGUGAGGGUCUGACGGCGUCAGCGGCACGGUGGGCCGCCCGCCGCAGCAUGGAGGACGAUGCGCCGGUGAUCUACGGGCUGGAGUUCCAGGCACGUGCGCUGACACCUCAGACUGCAGAAGCAGAUGCCAUUCGGUUUUUGGUUGGGACGCAGUCACUUAAAUAUGAUAAUCAGAUCCACAUCAUAGAUUUUGAUGAUGAGAAUAACAUUAUAAAUAAAAAUGUCCUCCUGCAUCAAGCGGGUGAAAUCUGGCACAUUAGUGCCAGCCCUGCAGAUAAAGGUGUGCUGGCAACCUGCUACAGUAAAACCUCCGACAGCCGAGUCCAGGCACGUGCUGCCGUGUGGAGGAUGCCCAAGGAGCUGGAGUCCGGAAGCCAGGAGUCCCCCGACGACUCUGCAAGCACCGCCCAGACCCUGGAGCUGCUCUGUCACCUGGACGACACAGCCCAUGGCAAUGUGGCCUGUGUCACCUGGGAGCCGAUGGGAGAUGGGAAGAAGGUCAUCUCCCUGGCCGACAACCACCUGCUGCUGUGGGACCUGCAGGAGAGCUCCAGCCAGGCUGUGCUGGCCAGCUCGGCGUCCCUGGAAGGGAAAGGACAGCUGAAGUUCACCUCGGGGCGUUGGAGCCCGCAUCACAACUGCACCCAGGUGGCCACAGCCAGCGACACCACCCUCCGAGGCUGGGACACGCGUAGCAUGAGCCAGAUAUACUGCAUCGAGAAUGCCCACGGACAGCUGGUGCGCGACCUCGACUUCAACCCUAAUAAGCAGUACUACCUGGCAAGCUGUGGGGAUGACUGCAAGGUGAAGUUCUGGGACACCAGGAACGUCACGGAGCCGGUGAAGACCCUGGAGGAACACUCCCACUGGGUGUGGAGCGUCCGCUACAACCACUCUCAUGACCAGCUGGUUCUCACCGGCAGCAGUGACAGCAGAGUCAUCCUGUCCAACAUGGUGUCCAUCUCCUCCGAGCCCUUCGGCCACCUGGUGGAUGACGACGAUGUCAGUGACCCGGAGGAGCACCAUGCAGAUGAGAAAAGCAAGGAGCCCCUGCAGGACAACGUCAUCGCCACGUACGAGGAGCAUGAGGACAGUGUGUACGCUGUGGACUGGUCCUCAGCUGACCCGUGGCUGUUUGCCUCCCUGAGCUACGAUGGCAGGCUGGUCAUCAACAGGGUCCCCAGGGCGCUGAAAUACCACAUACUGCUCUAGCGCCCGGCCCUCUCUGUCCUUCCUCUCACAGUCUCCGACACUGGCCGCUGUUGGAGUGAGUCCUUUCCAGGCGGCUCCCGCCCUGGGAGCCCAACCUUGCCUUCUCACAGGAGCCCUUCUGGGGUGCGGAGGAGCUUCUGCCAGCGGCACCCGUCCUCCUCCGGAGGGUGGCCGUGGUGGCUGGGAGUGUCGGGCGCCAGCUGCGGCCCACUCGCUUUGCUUCCUGCCUUGUGGGUGAGGGGAGACUCUGCACGCCUGGUCCUGUCCGCACCCUGCUGAGGGCCAUCUUCCCCUGAGACUUCCAGUGAAAUAAAGUCAGUGGGGACUCUG